AUGACGUCCCCGGUUUUGUCUCGCGAGAGCUUGAGCGACCAUUACUCCUCGCUACUCUCCGGCAGCACGAGCUCCAUCGUAUCCGUGAAUUCAUCAGAGCACGAGGAGAGCUCGCCGACCCCGAUCGCCACCAUGCCGCUCUCUUCUCCCACGUCGCCUGUGGCGGCAUUGCCGCCACGAGUGCCCUCCACCCAGCCGCAUCAUUCCGACCACUUCUAUCCCGGCGGGGACAUCAAGCUCAUCGUCGGCCACUCGCGUACGCUCUACCAGCUGCACGCCGAUGUCCUAGCACGCCAAUCGGGCUGGUUUCGCGCCUAUCGCUCCCAAGAGCUGGAGACGGACGGCGACGACGCGCUUCCACCUGGCUGGGAGGCGCAACCUGGCCCGUUCUGCACCGUCUAUGUCCAUUUUGAGAAGAAGAAGAUCCAGUUCGAGCGCCCGAGCGCCUACACGCUUGAUGCGCAGACGGGCGCGAUCGUGAUCGAAGAUAUCACUGUUCGAGAGUUGGAUGCCUUUUUGGCGGUACUGUAUCCUACGGACUUCGUGACAUUCGGCCUCGACGCGGGUUACGUCGCCGAUACGCGCAUGAAGUGGCACAGCGUGCUCAAGGUUGCGCAUCUAUGGGACUGUCCCGCCAUUCGCGCGCUGGCCGUCAGUCGUCUCCGGGCAUCGAAGAUGCCUACUUUUGAACGCCUCUUUCUCGCACGCAAGUACAGCGUUGAUGAAUGGGUUGCUCCUGCGUUGGAUAGACUCGUCAGCCGCUUGUCGCCACUGAGCGAGGGAGAGAUCCAUGAUCUGUUGCCUGGGGAUGUGGCUGUCGUUACAAGGAGACGCGAAGAGAGAGCGCUCGACAGGAUAUUGCCAACGCCACCAACGCCACCAACGCCACCUUCAUCUUCGCCAAAGCUCGAGUCGGAGACCUGCCCCUCCACUCGACCAGCGAUUCCGGUCCCGCCAGCAUCCGAGCUUGAAGCCGAACCCUUGCCGUCCGGACGUGAUUCACCCGAUUUGCCGAGCCUGUCAUCCAGCCCGGUCCCUUCGCGUGAAGUGCCACCAACGCCAGCACCUGCUGCCCCGCCGAGCCCAGUAGUAUCCCCACAACUACGGGCAUGGCACGAAGGCCUUGUGCGUCAGGCGCAGUUGGCAGAGUCGAUGCGGAUACAUAGAGCUAGCACCGCGACUUUCCCCAUUUAUGGUCCACAACCGCCUCCCGGGCCCGUCUUGUAG